AUGUUGCCUCUGCUCACCGUUUCGACUUCUCAACCCGGCAGAUCCUUGUCCAGGGAGGACGUAGAAACGCUCAUCAGGAAAUGCUACCGGGAUAAGUUGGUAUACGGGUUCGUCAAAUGGAAGGAGUUCGACAGGAAGGAAUUUAAGCAGCGCCACUCUGUGAACACGUUUAAGAAUAUCUGGAGAAUGAUCAAAAGGAGGUUCGACGGCUACAAAAAGGAGUACCACGCGGUGAUGCAGGAAGCCGCGAGAGAAGCGAAGGAAAUCAUUGCGGAGAACAAGGAGAGGAAGAAAAACGCGCACCUAAGUGUGUUAUCGCCUCUAAGCUCCAAGGUGUCCCUCUCAAACAUAUCCCUGUUGAGGAACUUCACGCGCGUGAACAGCCUCAUGUUCAAAGCCUGCAGCAACUAUUACAGCCCGCUGAAUAGCUCCAAGCAGGGCAGUCCCCAGAAUUCCUUUUUUCCAAGUAAAAAAAGGAUAUCAAAGGAUAAGGAAAGGGAACCUCCCAAAGGGGUCACAGACUACAUAAAAAGAAACAUUAAAGAUAUCCAAAGACGAAGUGAAUUUUUGGACCUCUACUUCCUAGUCAUCUCGCUAAUCCACCAAGAUAAAAAAUAUGCCUUGCUAAAAAAAAUGGAAGAGUUGUAUUAUCAAAAUAGGGUCAUCAAAUGCUGCAGCAAUUUGAACCAAACGCAUAAUAAUAAAAUUUUAAUUUUUGUAAAACGGAUUCUAGAAAUCAGUCUAGGACCCUGCAGCAGCUUAAAAAGCAUGUGCACAAAAAGUCUGGAGAAAAAAUUCGGCAGCAGCAAAUACAUUGACAGCAAAAACUGCAUCACCGUCGAAAUUGACGAAAUGAUUUACCCCUUCAGUAAAGAUUUUAUCAACUACAAAACUUUCUACAAUUUGUGUAAAAGGAAUUUGCACCUCAGCUGCAAUAAAGUGAUAUGCUUUUUUAUUCCCCUCCCCAAAAAACCAAACCACUUGGUAUUUAAAAAUGGACUCUUCCACUAUUUUGACACCCCCAUCUUAACCCACAACAAAUUAGAUGAAGAUGUAUACAACUACGUCUAUGUUAUGCAAAAAUAUUUUCUCUCCUUUAAGUUUUGGCAAUUUUACCUAUCCUAUCAAGGCAUAGACAAAAUGAAAAAACUUUUCAAUAGAGAAGUGGAUGAAUUAAAUUCCUUCUUCGAUUUGAAUUAUACAAAAAAGGAUACAUUAAUUCGGGGAAAAAAUCAAUUUCCUAAUUUUACAAAAAAGGUACACCUCUUUUUGCUCCUUUUCGAUUACAACAUUGAGCACUUAAUUUCUUUAUCUCUUUACGUCAUCAAACUGUAUUUGAAAAUGCGAAAAAAAAGAGACCUCACUUACAUUAGGAUUGUCAAAAUGUUGAAUUUUUCGCUCCACCCGGUGGGGAAGAAGAAAAUCAGGCGCUUUUAUUUUUCUCACCUUCGAUUUAUUCACGGCGUUCUUCUCAAACUGGGCUCUCGCUUGCCGCGGCGCCUUCCUCGGUGA